AGCUUCACCGUUCACGCGCUGCUUUUAGUGCUGCUGCUGCUGCUAAGCUAACUGUGCGCGCGGCUGUGGCGGGAACCGUAGCGCGAAGUUAAUACUUUUGUUAUACAUUACAUUAAUUUGUCAACAUGUCUUUCGGCGGUGGUUUCGGCUCCUCGACUCCUGCUGCCAGUUCGGCCUUCUCCUUCGGUACCGCAACUUCCGCAGCCGCGACUCCGAUCAAGCCAGCUGGGUUUGGAACUUCCGGAACUUUUGGAUUCAGUACGCCAGCCACGUCCACUACCUCUCUCUUUGGAACACCAGCUGCUCAGCAACAACCUCAGCAGCAACAGCAACAGCAACAGCAAACAACUGGUUUUGGGGCAUUUGGAACACCUGCAGCAUCAACAGCCAGCACUUUUGGUACACCUGGUACUAAUUUUGGCUUUGGCACAAACACCGGUGGAGGAUUCGGUACCACUCCUGCAGCGUCCACCUCGUCAUUUGGCUUAGCUACAGCUGCACCUACGAGCUCAAUUAGUGGUACCAGUACUGGGUUUGGUGGCUUUGGAGGCUUUGGAGCAACUGCAGCAACUACUUCAGCUCCAUCUCUGUUUGGAGGAUUCAAUACUUCUAACACACAGCAGCAGCCACAACAAAAUAGUGCGUUUGGAACAACGGGAACUUUUGGAGCGUUUGGAGCUAAGCCUGCCACAACCAAUGCAAACACUGGUUUUGGAGGUUUUGGAACUGGUGGCAGCACCUUUUCUAGCUUUGGUACAGGUUUAACACAACCUCAACAGCAGCAACAGCAGCAACAACAACAGCAACAGCAACAACAGCAGCAAAAUGCCAACACGAUAUCAGAAGCUUUGUACAACGCAGUCUUCAAUUGUCAAUUAUUCAACGACGAGAGGGACAACACGAUUGCUAGGUGGAAUCUGAUUCAAGCGUUGUGGGGAACGGGUAAAGCUUACUACUCUUCGAAUGCGCCGCCUAUAGAAUUAACUCAAGAAAAUCCAUUGUGCCGAUUUAAAGCUAUUGGGUACAGUCGUAUGCCCGAUGCAGAUAACAAUGACGGUUUGGUAGUUCUUUGUUUUGCAAAGAAAGAACAGGAGUUGAAGGAUGGAAAGCAGCAGUUGAUAUCGUCCCUGGGCCAGAUUUUGGGCAACAAGCCCAAUCUCACAGUCACUGUGGACAACGUCAAGUCACUGGGCGAGACGAAAGCUCAAGCCACGAUCUUCGUCACGGAGAAAGGUGUUACAGGGUCACUCAGGAAGAUUCCCUCAAAUGAACUGUUUGCAUAUCUCACACAAAACAUGCAGAAGCAACAGUUGACACAAAUAGGAGUCGAAAAUAUAUUUCCACAAGUCAAACUCGAUCCUGCGCAGCUCAAGGAGUACAUGGACAAUCCACCGUGUUCUAUAGAUCCUAGAUUAUGGAAACAAGCACAACUCGACAACCCUAAUCCAGAACAUUAUAUUCCGGUACCGAUGAUAGGUUUCCAGCAAGUCAAGCAUAGGUUGAAGUGCCAAGAAGAAGAGACGGCCAGACAUCGCGCUUUUCUGGACGCGUCCGCGGAGAAUAUCCAGGGUUUGCAGAGGCAGCAUACGGCUACUCAAGCCAGACUGAAAGAGCACAGAAGAACAUUACUGGAACUCCAACACAGGGUACUUCAGGUUUUGGUACGGCAAGAGAUAACUAGGAAAGUCGGUUUCUCGCUGCAACCAGAGGAAGAAACGUUGACCAACAGGUUUGAAGCGAUGCACUCGCAAAUAAGUGCACCAACGCAGUUCAAGGGCAGAAUCAGUGAAAUGCUUUCGCAGUUGCGAAUGAGACGGCACACGGAUACGCAAAGUCAAGAGAGGUAUACGAUGGAUCCUAUCGCCCAAGAUGACAUCAAAACCUAUCUGAACAUGGAACAGCAAGGGAUGGGACAGUUGAUCGACACUGUGAACACUGAUUUGGAAAGUCUGAAAAUCAUUAAAGAUGGAAUGUCGGAACUUUUAACGAAUCACGGCUCUACCUCAUGAAUCGCAUAGAUUAAAUUUAUUAUUUAAUUUCAUUUCUGUGAAAUCAAUUACAAAAACUGUUGAAAAACUGUUAAUACGAUAAAUGGAUUCUCACGUGAUAAGUGCCAGUAGGAGUAGUUUUGUUAACUGCGCUGUUAAGGUAUUUUUUUUAAGGAACUGUAAUGAGGAAUGAAAUGGAAAAUAAUAUAUAUGUAUAAAUAAUGCUUUUUUAUUGAACAAAA